CGUUUACUGCCCUUAUCUAUUCUAGCCUAGCCUACUGCCAAUAAUAAUUCUACCCGAACACUUUCACUUUCAUAGCUCUCAGUAUCAUAAUGAGUCCGAGAUUUUUGAAGACGACGAUCGUUUUCUGUCUUAUUUUCAGUCUGUUUCAUGGUGGGUCCUCAAACACCAUCCGUGCAGCCACUAAUGGAAAUGUAACACUACAGCCCGGGGUGAAAGGAGAUAUAGAUGAAAUUCUAUGGAAGCACAAAGGCAACAAGAUGGUGGAGUGGGACAGAGCAGAUCCCACUGAAUAUUUAACAUUCAAAGGACGGACCAAGUUAGACAUAAAAACUGGCGAUGUAACCAUUGUAAAACUAACCAAAGAUGACAAUGGAGAUUAUGAAGCAGAACUGCUUAUUGGUACAGAUUUAAAGAUUAUAAAGCACACCGUUGAAGUAAUUGAUCCUGUGGAAGGACCAAAGGUCACCUGUCAAAUAAGCAACACUACUGUGGCAACAUUACACUGUGAAGCAGUAGGUGAGUUGCUGAGUUACAACUGGUCAGGACUUGGACUACAAGCACAGAUGAAGAGUCAGACUGGACCACAGAUCACUAAGGAAAAGGACCAGAACUUAGUCUACACCUGUAUGGUGAACAACCCAGUUAGCAACAGCAGUGUGGCCUACCACAGCAAUGAGUGCUUUGCCUCAGAUGCGGGAAGUCUCCCACUCAUCAUAGGUGUAGUAUGUGCUGCUGUUAUUGUGGUUGCUGCUGCUGUCACUGGGUUUUGCUAUCAUUACUACAAGAAGUCAACAGGGCAAAACGAUGCUGGGAAUGAGAAAGGAUUUAAGAAGAAAAGAAGAAUGGAAAAGAAACCAUUGCUGUGCUUGAAAGGUGAAGGUGAUGCAGAUGAGAAAGAACAAACCAGUGACUCAUCAGAGUAUCGAUCAUCAAAAAGCAUCAUACAUUGGAGUCAGGAAGAGGAAACGAAGAAUGUAUACAGUUCAGUUGUUCCUCAGACUUUAGAUGAUAAGAAAGAUAACCCAGCUAAACCUUUAGAAAUACCUGAAGGUACCCAUGAUCAGUCUUCAAACUUAGGUGAAGGUGCAGGUCCAGAUCAUAUUGAAAUAAUAACAGACGGUUUAGGUGUUCCCCAGACUUUAGAUGAUAAGAAAGAUAACCAAGCUAAACCUUUAGAAGUACAUGAAGGUACCAAUGAUCAAUCUUCAAACUCAGAUGAAGGUGCAGAUUAUGUUGAAAUAAUAACAGAUGGUUUAGGUGUUCCCCAGACUUUAGAUGAUAAGAAAGAUAACCAAGCUACACCUUUAGAAGUACAUGAAGGUAGCAAUGAUCAAUCUUCAAACUCAGAUGAAGGUGCAGGUCCAGAUCAUGUUGAAAUAAUAACAGAUGGUUUAGGUGUUCCCCAGACUUUAGAUGAUAAGAAAGAUAACCAAGCUACACCUUUAGAAGUACAUGAAGGUAGCAAUGAUCAAUCUUCAAACUCAGAUGAAGGUGCAGGUCCAGAUCAUGUUGAAAUAAUAACAGAUGGUUUAGGUGUUCCCCAGACUUUAGAUGAUAAGAAAGAUAACCAAGCUACACCUUUAGAAGUACAUGAAGGUAGCAAUGAUCAAUCUUCAAACUCAGAUGAAGGUGCAGGUCCAGAUCAUGUUGAAAUAAUAACAGAUGGUUUAGGUGUUCCCCAGACUUUAGAUGAUAAGAAAGAUAACCAAGCUACACCUUUAGAAGUACAUGAAGGUAGCAAUGAUCAAUCUUCAAACUCAGAUGAAGGUGCAGAUCCAGAUCAUGUUGAAAUAAUAACAGAUGGUUUAGGUGUUCCCCAGACUUUAGAUGAUAAGAAAGAUAACCAAGCUACACCUUUAGAAGUACAUGAAGGUAGCAAUGAUCAAUCUUCAAACUCAGAUGAAGGUGCAGGUCCAGAUCAUGUUGAAAUAAUAACAGGUGUUUCAGGUGUUCCUCAGACUUUAGAUGAUAAGAAAAAUAGCCAAGCUAAACCUUUAGAAGUACCUGAAGGUACCAAUGAUCAAUCUUCAAACUCAGGUGAAGGUGCCGGUCCAGAUCAUGUUAAAAUGAUAACAGACAGUUCAGGAGUUCCCCAGACUUUAGAAGUACCUGAAGGUAGCAAUGAUCAAUCUUCAAACUCAGAUAAAGGUGCAGGUCCAGGUAAUGUUAAAAUGAAAAAAGACAUGUUUGAAAGAAAGGCUGUGGGGGGACCAAACAACUCCAACUCAAGUUAACACUGAGGAGAGUAAUAGGCAUGACACAACAAACCCUCAACCAUAUGAUCUGGAUCAGCAGCAAGCACCAAACAUGGGGGGCAGAAAGAGGAAUCAUUACCUGAUACACGUGGUAAUUCUUCUAACACAACUGAUGGCUAUAAUAGUAAUAAUGACUAAAAAAAUAAGUGUUUUUAAACAUUUACAUUUAAAAAUGCUGCUGAUGAAGCCACUGAUGCACCUCCAGCUCAGCUCAGAUGAGCCGCCCUCAUCACAUUCAACAUGGACAGUUCAGUAGAAUCCAAGUUACAGCAAAAGUGACCCAUGAGAAAACUUGAGUUUGAAUGAAACCAGUGACCCAAGGAAAUCGGAUCCCAAGGAAAUGGGAUCGCCUGGACAC